AGUUUUUAAAGUAAAGCAAGCAUAACUUAUAUCUAAGUGACUAAAGGCCAAUAAUAUAUUAGAAUGCAUAGUAUUGUUAAUUUAACAUUAAUUCAUGCAAAGUUUUUAAGGUAAAAUGUCUGUUUGACAGGCAUUAUCAUCAAAAGUGGAAUCAGCAGCAAGCACUCUUAUUGAUGUGUUAGACAGGGACCCGACUCCAUCUUCUUCAAGUGGCCUUACUCCUCUGCCUACUCUGCCAGAACCUGAAAAUAGGGUGAGGCAGGCAUUAAAAAGGCAAUUCACGAGUAUGUUUGGGACUGAAAAUGAACAGCCUAGGGGCAAAAAACGUUCCCCUGUGGCCAAACCUGGUACUGUGAAAAAGACAGAUUUUCUCAUUUAUGUGCUCUCUGAACACACCCUGUUUGCUCCAAAAGGAGAUGAAGACCUAAAACUUGUACAUGCUGGGCUUGGGAAAAAGGUGUUAACUUUUCCAGACAGUUUUAAACACAGUGAGAUUGUCACUCUACUCGAGGAAGAAUUUCCUAAAUUAAAAACUCUUCAGGGGGGCUGGAUGUUUUACAAGUCUACAGGUGGUGGUGAGCGGCGGCGAAAGCUGUCUAUAAUUCCCACAGACUCUGAUGGAUACUCAACUCGGCUCAUGAAAUUGGUGUCGAAUAAUGGGAAGAACAUGCUUUUUGUAGUUCCACUACAAGAGCAACUUUCCACUGAACCAUUACCCUUUGAUUCUGUGGAGUUUUCAAAGAUGCCCCAGUCCAACUGUAUGAAAUGUGGCAUGAAAAUACCACUGCCAUUGCUGCCCUUGCACAUUAAAGAGUGCAAUGUAAACAACACUGACUCUGUAACUGAUGUGACUGUUCUUGAUUAUGAGUAUGAAAAUGUUAGCGGAGCCACUGACCAGCCAAGCUCACUUCACACAGAUCUAGAAGAACCAGAACAGAUUUGUCCCAUUUGCCAGAUUUCACUCCCAAAUGAUCUGCUACUUUAUCAUGCAAGCACAUGUGGUGAAGGAGGGUGGACUUUCAGUGGCAGUGAUUCUCCGAGCACUUCAAGAAGAGAAGAAUUGCCAGGACUCUCAACUGCACAAACAUUCACACCGCUAUCAGCAGGUUAUGCACGACACAUUCUGCUUGGGUAGUGCUGUUGUACUGCUGUGAAACAAGUGCAUCCAUAAGCAUCGAUUCAAACUUUUUCUGUGUUGUGGCUUUAUUUUUAACACUAGAUUUGUCAUACAACUAAGCUUGUAAAAUGGCCUUUGCAUAAAUUGUGAAUUUCUUUUUUCAGCAUGGAAAAAUGAAAUUGACCCACAGCAAGCAUCUCGAAUGUUCUGUGAUGAAUUGCUAUCCCAAAAUGAAUACUGUCCAUCUCUGUCACUACUCAUCAACCAAUUUGAUACUGUGAAUGAGCAGGACAGUACACUGAUUUCAUUUUAUAAAAAGAACAGUGCUAACUGGUCAGCUCCAUUGAGAUGUAGCUUGACAGAAGAUGCAGCUGUUGGCAAAGGAGUCAACCGUCAUGUUUUGUCAAUGGUGAUGCAAAAACUGAAGACUGGCUUUACUUUGAAUUUAGGUUCUUCUACCACAGUACUUUUUGAGGGGGGAAAAAACCACCGUGUCCCUUCCGCAUCUGCUGUAUUACGGGACAGCAACUUGUUCCAAAUGGCUGGCCGAAUGAUAGGUCAUUCUUUUUUACACGGAGGUCCUUGUCUUUCUGGACUGAGUUUACCUGUGGUCAUCCUUCUAACUGGAGGGAAUGCGGACAGCGCGGCUUCAGUUCUGACACUGCAGGAUUGCCCAGACCUAGACCACAGGGAAACUAUUAGUUUACUCAAGAAAACACAACUCACUGCAGAAGAAAUGACUCAAUUGACAAAUCUUUGCCUUUUCUGGGAUCUCCCUGUUCCAUCGUUGCGUAAUCGAGACUGGCUGUUUCAACAGCUGUUGUCACACGCUGUACUCGGACGCGUUAAGUGCCAGAUUAAAGAUUUGAGAAAAGGCAUCAAAGACACCGGUAUCUGGCCACUUCUCUCCCAGAGACUAGACAGUCACCAUGUUGUUUUCCCAAGGGAGUCAGUUCAGGACAUUACAUCACAGGGAAUUCUUCAGAAAAUCGAAUGGCCUAAACCUGUGGACAAUAUGUAUGAUGAAGACAAUGGUGACUCCAUUACUGUUGAAAAAAUGUGUGUCAUCACAGGCUAUAUGCGAAGAUUUAUUGAAGAAGCAUCACCAACCAGGUUGAAUAACCUAAUGAAGUUCUGGGUGGGAUGGGAGCUGCUAGAAGAACACCUGGUGUUAGAGUUGGUGACUGCCAAGUUCCCUGUUGCAUACACCUGUUUCAAAACAUUACGCCUCCCCUGUCACUACAAGAGCUACGCUGCAUUCAGAGUAGAUAUGUUGAUGUGCCUGAACUCUGUAAACAGUGGAUUUGGCCUCGUUUAACUAGAAAGAGAUGAAGAAGAAGAAAAAACAAGAGGGCACUGUGCUAGACGAACUGUGUUGCCUCUUUAAAAGAAGAUACUGUAGUAAUGUUCUUAAACUUGUUAUUUGAUUGCUUUGAACAAUGUGUUUGAACUUUAACAAUGUUUUACAUUUUAAACCAUUUUAUUUCCCAGCUGGUAUACAUUUGAAUGUAUUCUUUUAAAACAGUACAAACUUGUAUGUAAAGCAAUAAAGGA